AUGUCUCAACAAGAUGAAGCUUGCUCAACAACAACUUCAACGUUGAAUGCACAUGAGCCUUUUGAAGCAAACCACCAACCAAACGACUCUGAAAAUCAUCAUCAUCAUAUUGAUACGAAUGAUCCAUCAUCUAACAAUCAUUCAUCAAAAUCUCUUUCAUGCUCUCUUCAGCCACUACUUGAGGAGAUUCGGAAAGAUUUAAUUCAAAACUCUUCAUCAUGCAAUCAUGUAAAUAACAUGUGGCAAUACGUAGAAAAAAUUUGCCAAGUCAUGAACAAUGAAAAAGAACAACACGAAGUAUAUGCCAUUUCAUCUCUAAAGAUUGGAUUAGAGUUAAUUGUUGUGUGGGGAAUUGUACCUCGACUAUUGAAAGGAGUUGGAAUUUCUCUUUCCAAAAGAAUUGAAUCACUUUCACAACAAAGUAAAAUAUCAGUCAAUAAGCAAAGUGAAUUUAGUGAAAAUGAAAAAAUUUCACGAAAUGAAUUGGAAAAGUUGGUGAAAUGUGUGAAAAUUUUAUGUGAUAUUUCAAACUGGGAUGAGUUUUACAAUCAACUUGUGUUACAAAAUUACUUGACUGAUAUUUAUUCUGCUCUCUUUCAAAUCCUUUAUUUAUGCAACAAUUUAAAAAAAACAUUAGAGCAAAAACAAAAAGAAAAUUGUCCAUCCUCUGUCAUUGCCCAUCUCUCUCAACAAUUUGGAAUUGAUGAGUCAGAUCGAUUGUAUUGCUCAGAAUUACUCUACAAAUUACUAACUCAAACUCAUGAAUCGAUGGUUGUUUAUUGUCUCGUCACAUUACUUUCACAACCAACUCUACCUCAAUGGCUUAAAAAUAGAUGCACCAUUUGGCUCUCAAAAACAAUAUUAAGGCCAAAAGGAGUUUUUGCUAUCAUUUCAGUGAUGCUCGACAAUGUACCAGAAUCUAACUUUAGACAUUAUGAAAAAAUUGUGGACUUGAUUGUUGCUGUUCCAAAAGACACGAAUGCUCAAGAUUAUUUCAAAAUAAUUUGCCCACAAAUUAUCAAACUAUUUCGAUUGAGAGGAAAGAAUAGUCAUCAUUUAUUGAAGACUAGUGCGCUCCUUUGUGGAAAAAUUAUUGAAAAAUUUCCUUCCAUUGCACAAGAAUUAAUUUUGGAACCCAUCCUUUCUCCUCUUAAAAAGUUUAUCAAGUUUCAACAAAUGGCUGAUGAAGAAAUGCAACUCUAUUCGACUAUGGUGAACGGUGUUAGUGUCAGUACUAGUAGUAGUGGCGAUUCCAAUCCUAAUGAAACUUUUCAGAGAAAAACAGAUUCCUCACUUCUUUCUCUUGAAGAUGAAGUACAUUUUCAAAAAGAAGAAAUUCUGUGUGAUGAAAAUGAAAUUGGUCAAUGUGUCGAAGAUAUUCAUCGAUUAUUGUUUGGAAACACUCCAGCAAGUUUCAUGUAUAAUUCUAUUUCUCCGAUCAUUCCAGCACUUUUUUCAAUUAUAUUGUUUUGUGAUAGUGGAGGUGUUUCUAUCAAAUUAGUAUCUGAAUUGAAUAGAGAUUAUCUUUGGGAAGCUAGUUGUUUGAUUAAUCUUUUCAAACUUUUGAAAAAUCAUACAGUUGCUGGAGAUUUAUUUGUACAUUUAAUCACUCAAUUCACUGUGGUGAAACAACAUAUGGAAAGCACGUUGAACCAUGUCGAACCAUGUGUGAAAGAUGAACCCUUUUUGUCAUCCUCAACACCUUUAUUGAUCUUUUCUCAUCCUCAACAACAAGAGGUUCCACUCCCAGAAAAUGCAAUCAUUCUUCUUCAAGCCAUUUCCUUUGUGAAAUUUUUACUUUUAAAUCAUGAAAAUAGAUUUGAUGAAGAAUCAUUGGAAUCUGUAGUGAUGGCUCUUGGAAUUCUAUCUGCAAUUUUAUGUGGUGGAAUUUCAAUCAAAACACUCGAUGAGGAAGAAAAACUUGAAGAUUUGAAACCAAUUCUUAAUCGAUACAAAAUCUAUGAACAUCAACAAAUUUCAGAGAUGGCUUCAACUGCUCUGUUAAGUAUCGAUACAAAACAAUACAAAGAGAUUCAUGGAAAUGUAGAAGAAUAUACUGAAGAGGAAAAAAUCAAAAUCAAAUUCGAUCACAUUUUACAAGAUUUGAGAGAUCCACUGUUGCCAGUGAGAGCACAUGGAGUUCUUUCAUUGAGAGAAAUUGUGUUAGAAAAAAAGAAAAAUCCUAUCAUUGAAAAACAGGUUCAUAACAUUUUUGAUAUUUUACAAUCUCAGUUGAAAGAUGAAGAUACCUAUGUAUAUUUAGGAGCUAUCAGUGGAUUGACUGCACUGGGUGAUGUUUACCCAGAUACUAUCAUUCCCAUUCUUGUGGACACAUUUGGUGAUAAGAAACAAACCAUCGAACAAAGACUUAAAAUUGGAGAAAGUUUGGUAGAUUUGGCAGAACGCUGUGGUCAAAUGCUUCCUAAAUAUGCACACUAUUUUGUUUAUUGCUUUUUAAAGUGUGGAAAAGAAAAUGACAAGGAUUUUGAAUUAGUACGAGCAAGCUCUGUAUCGAAUUUAGCGACUUUGGUUCAAAUCUUAAAAUUUGGAGUUCAUCCAUUUGUACAAGACAUUAUUGAUUGUGCAUCAUAUGUUCUCAAUUUUGACAAAAGUGAGCAUGUACGACGUGCAGCUGUGUUGAUCUUUGAUAGAUUUGCAAAAACUUUCAAAACAGAACUGUUUGAGGUUUGCGAAGCAGCAACUUUGGAUCAAUUCAAGACGAUACUAAACAAAGCUGCUUUCUACGACACAGAUGAAAUUGUGAGAGUGAACGCAAAGACAGUCAUUUGUGAGAUGGACGAUCUGAAAGAUGAACAAAUGACGCCCACCACCUACAUUCCAGGAGCUGACAAAAAUCAUUAUCUCAACAAUUUCCUUAAAUUCAUGAAUCAUUAA